GUCCCUCUCUGCGAAAACAAAGAAUGAAACAUCUUUAUUUCACUACAGCAAGUAACAGUCGACGACAGAGCUGCCUGCACUGUGAUACUCCGCGGUCCCAUCAAUAAAAUAGUACCGGAGUGUGGCCCUGGUACUCCGGUGUGUGCGGCGGAGUCUGGGAGGGGCAUCCGUGCGUCCGUCCGGGCAAUGGCGGAUGGGGAGGCCACCGUGUCUGUGGAGUGGGGCAGCGGCGAUGAUGGGGGCUUAGCAGAAUAACAUCCCACCUCUGCGUUUUGUAUUUUCUCUGUUUCGCUUGGUAUUCAUCUCUCGCCAUGGAUCCAGAGAAAACGCUGACUUUCUGCCUCGGGCUGAAGGCUGAGGAGAUGACUAUGUCCCUGCAGGGGCUGGACAGGACUGAAGCUGCCACGGUGGCUGUUUCUCAGAAGGAGCCUGAAGUGCGUACAGUUAAUAAGGUGGUGAAGCAUCACGGAGGCUCUGGUAGCCAGCCUGUUGUCAGCCCAAAGUACUGUCCUGGGGUAAACAACAAUCCAGGUUACCUGUGUGAAACAGGGCACUGCUGCGGAGAGACAGGCUGCUGCACCUACUAUUAUGAACUCUGGUGGUUCUGGCUGCUGUGGACGAUGCUGAUUCUCUUCAGCUGUUUCUGUGCUUACCGCCAUCGCCGGGCCAAGCUGAGGAUCCAACAGCAGCAGAGACAGAGAGAGAUCAAUCUGAUUGCCUAUAACGGAGCCUGCAACUACCCUUCCUCAAUGCUGGACCUCAGUUUUCUGGCAUCAUUUAAGUUGCCCUCCUAUGAGGAGGUGGCGGCGCAGCCCAGCACCCCUCCUCCACCUUACAGCUCUGUCUUCGCCCUGCAGGGAGGUGCCAUGGGGGGUCCUAGCUCCUCUUACCCUCAUCAUCACCACCACCGCCACCCCUGCCCUCCCUAUCUGGGCCCCGGUCCCAGUGGCUUGACUUCCUCCCAGAGCUCUGACAACUAUACCAGCUGCUCCUGCGAGUCGUGCUCCCUCACCUCCCCCUCUAGCACCUCCUUCUCUGUCCAGGUGACAGAUGAGACGUACAACAGCAGCCACAUCUCCACGCCCAGUGAAGCAGGAGGUGACUGCUCUGUCAUGCCAAGAGUGGGAGCCAACUUCACGCCAACUCUUUCUCCGACACCUCCGUCACAAGUUCCACCUGAUGUGAUACCUGUGGCCACUCCAGAUGUCAUUCCUGUACAGAGACGGCCAUCGAAUGGUAGUGAUGGAGUCUCUCCUUCAGCUCCACCGCUCUCUCUUCCUUUACACUCUCGUCCUUCACACCCGUCUCGCCUCCCACUUUCUCCCCUCAUUCUGUUAUCCUCCCUCCCUCCUGGUCAAGUCCAUCCUCUCGUCUUCUCAGACCCACUCGGCGCUGUGGCCGUUCAGAGAGAGAAGGAAGAAGAGGCACCACCCCGUGGGCUAACCCCGAGGCCUGCUCUGUCUCCCCCUAAACAGGCUUUCUUUUCCUCAACUGUGGCUGUUUUCACACACUGCAGCAACAAAGAGGAGCAAAAACGAGAAAAAGAAGAGGAGGAAGAGGAAGAAGAAGAUGACGAGGAGGAUCAUUUCCGGCAUCGACGACUAACGGGCGACUCUGGAAUUGAGGUGUGUCGCUGCCACGUGAAGAGAGAGGAACAAGAGGAAGAAGAACUGCAGAAGGGGCAUUUUGGUAAAGGAGGAAAAGAGGCUGUGAAGGAAGAGGAGAGGGCAGACGUGCUGCAUGACAGCGUGGACUGUUCCCUCCGAGCAAAGGCCGCCGCUCAGUCACCACUCCUAGACAACUGUGCUGAACAGCAUGGCCACGUCCCAACAUCCUCUAGCAUCAUCCAGAAGACAGGCGAGGCCAUCAUCACUGUGGAGUCCUCGUAAGCUGACAGCCUGUAAAUGUAGUGGCAAAAAUAGUGAGAUGUUUAUGCUUGAUAGCAUCAUCGUAGAUCAAGACGAGUAGGUGAAAAGUUGAAUCACUGAAGAAAAAGUCUUGCAAGUCUUAACUUGGAUGGUUGGGGACAGGAUGAGUAAUGGAUCCUCUUGUUUUCUUGGUAUAUAUAUGAGAAACUCCAAGAGAAGCCGACACCUGAAAGUCCUAUUUCAUAAUGAAUUUAUUUAUGGUUUGGGAGUAAUGAAUCUUUCUGUCUCCAUUACCAAAUCCAUUUUAACCUGUGGCUUGGUGUCAACAUCCCAGCAUCCCUCUACCCUUUACUUUUCAUCUCUCUUCUCUCUGCAUUAUGCAGUAUUGCUAUAAUAUCUCAGACAGUGGUUCCCAACCUGAGGGUCAGGGCUUCCCUAAGGGUCACAAGAUGGAUCAGAGGGGUCAUGAUAAUUAACAGCAUAAGAAAGAAGGAACACGUGGUUCUGCUAUAGAAAAUUAUAAGCUACUGUUUUUCCAAUUUUUGCUGUCUUUAUGUGACUUUAUGGAGGGUUUUGUCUCUUAUGGCAUCUGAAAAUUCUUCAGAUAAAAGACGCAAAAAUCAGUCUUUAGUUGGCCUGCUCACAUCGUGACAUAUACAAAAUCGGGGUAAAAAAAAAAACAUUUUAAAGGGUCACACAACAAAAAGGUUGUGAACCACUGCCUGAUUAACCAUUUCCUCAAAUCACGCCGGCAGCAAUUAACAAGACUGUUUAUCAUUAAUCUUUUUGAAUUGAAUAAAAUUCUAUUCUAGGAGUAUAUGAUGUAAAACCACUCAAAAAACUUUUUUUUUUCAAAAGAGCAGCUCUAACUUAUUGCAUCUGGCUCAAGUUUUACAAUAUUAAAGGUUCAGUGUGGAGGAUUUAGGAGUGUAUAGUGGCUGAAGUAACAAGAACGUUUUCUUUUGUGUACAAUCACCUGAAAGUAGGAAUAGUUGUGUUUUCGUUACCUUAGAAUGAACCAUUUAUAAGGAGCCGGUCCUUGUCCACAGAGUCCGCUAUGUCGCAUCGGCAUUUUUCUGCAGUAGCCUGGAACAGACAGACCAAACGCUGGGUCAGAGCCAUCAGUGUUUUCUCAUCAGCCACUGUAGUCGGCAGCCACCUGUGACAAGCUGAACAGUGUCUA